GCCGUUUCAGACGUCAACAGCAGCCGUAGCAGCCGCAGCAACAGCAAAAACAACACAAAAAGACGCGUAGUGAAAUUGCGACGCAUCUUAAAGCAAACGAAAGUCUUUCGACCAAGUUCAAGAAAAGAGAUAUAAAUUGUACUCGAACUAUUUUCGUGGUGCGCAAUACCAGUGCAACAGGUGAAUUGUGCAGUUUCGACAAUCGCGUGAUAAUUUCAAAUUGUGUGCAACGAAAUUUCGAGCGAAUGAACGGAGCUGCGUGAUCCUUGUGAAUCUCGUAUUUUUUAACAAGCUGCUAGUCAAUAGCUUAAAUAGUUAAAUUGGACCGUUUAAGCGCUAGCAACUGCUAGACUACAGCUAAGUAACGGUUUGGUCGAUACAGAACACAAUUUCGGGUAUGGAAACUGAUAUGGAAACUUCAAACCGCGUCUACAAAUUUGAAUUUGGACAAAUUUAUAUAUGGACACCUAUAUUAACAUCUAAACUAUAUCUACAGAUUUCUUCAAUCUUUAUAUCAUACACUUUAUAAAGUAAAUAAUGGCUUGAAUACAAUUUAAAUUGCAUUCCAAUCUGAUUCAUAAAUUUAAUUUCAUGUAAAUUGAAAAGCAUUCGGUAUUUGGCACUUGGAUGUCUGCAGUUGAUAGCCAAAAUAAUUGAUUUAGUUUGGAUUCAAACUAACUUUCAAAGGUAUUCAUAGAACACAAGUGAAUUGAUGAGACUGUGAUUUAUGUAAUCGGGCAGAAAGAACAGCUAUAGCUAGAAAAUAUUUGGGUCAGGCCAAGAAAUAACAGAACCUGUAGCGUCAAAUUCUUAGGAACGGCCACCAUGAAAUUGUCUGUUAAACGAGUUAACAACUUUGCAUGAAAAAGGCCAAAGCAAACACAACGCACGCAACAACUGGGCUUAAAUUGGCGGACAGACACACAUAGCAGAAGCACCUGGUCACGUUAGGGCAGGGGUUGAGCAGGCACGGGAACGGGGACGGGGACUGGCGCACGCAUUGGCUGCCUUAUGGAAAUUGUGCAUUGAGCCAAGCCUCAAGCUGCAUGCGGCAUGCUUCAAAUUGGCUGCCACUUUUUGGGCCACCCACUGACCCAAAUUUGUGGCUAAAGAAUUUCAAAAGCCCGCACCUUAACAUCAGCUCUGUGGCCUUGAUACUUCUCUGCAUGUGUGUGCUUAUGUGUGUGUGUGCGUGUGUGUGUGUGUGUGUGUGUAUCUAUGAACUGAUUCUUGUGGCCGAGUGCGGCUCUUUAGCUCUUUGCAUGCCAAUUAACGCCUUGCUUGGGGCUGUGCUUUGACUUGAUUUCUAUGCUGAAAAUUCGAUGUUUGUUUUAUUCAUUAUUAAUUGCCCACAAGAGGCAUCUCUCUCUGUCUCUCUCUCUCUCUCUCUCGCUCCCUCUCCCACUUCUUAACCCAUUUUCAAACCACAUUGCUUUGCUCAAUUUGUUUUAUAAAUUCCAUGACUUUGACUUCAAUAUAUAUAAAAUAUUUUAUUUUUUCUUACUUUACGCCCCGCUGUGUUAGCUUAAAGCAAGUCUUUUUGUAACUUUCAUUCAUGCAAGACGUUUGUUUGUGGCUUUUGUUGUUAUUGUUGUUUCGGUUGUUGUUGUUGUUGGUGGUUUCUUUGGCAUUUUGCGGCUUCUACUUUGUCAACAUAGUCUGCGCUUGUUGUUGCUGCUGUUGUUGCCCAGUCUGUGGUGAAAGUUUUUCUUCAAGCCGUUUAAGCGUGCUCAAUCAAUUUGGCUAACUGCUAAAUUGUUAGUUUUGUGGUGCAGUUUUGUCGACAACGCCAUGUUGAAUCAACGCAAGCUAAACGCCUACCUGCUGCUCUCCAUAGUGGCCUGCAACUGCCUGCUGCUCACCUACGCCUUUCCCCAGCAGGAGCUGUACCAGCGCCAGCAACAGCUGAUCCAGUCGCAGUCGCAGUCACCAGUUUAUCGCCCCGAGAGCAGCGCCCGCAAGUUUGCCGUCAAGCCGAAUGCCUCCAAGAAGGUGGCUCUGGACGACAUUGAGGAUGAUAUUGAGGGCAAUCAGAUACAGGAGAGCGUGGGCGGACCCGGCGGCUUUACCUGGUCAAACAUGCUGUCGACGGUGAUGACCAUGUUCUUCAAUGGCGCUGCCAAUGCGCCCACCAAGUCGGACGAUGUCGACAGCUCGAUUGGUCUUGGCGGCAGCCCUUGGGCUAAUGUCAUCUCGAUGGGCCUGCGCAUUAUCAACACACUCUUGGGCGGUGGUGCGCCCAGCGAUGGCAUCGACAAGGUCGACAACGGUGGCUCUCCAAUGCAGGGCAUCUUGGCGGCUGUGCUGUCGUCCGUGUUGGGCACCAGAGAUCCAGAUCAAGUCAACUCGAUGGCCAAGCAAGCUGGCGAGUUCAUACAGAUCGUGAUGAAUCUCCUGGACGCACUGAAGACCUCAUUCUCACACCGCUCGCUCACGGCCCGCUCCCUGGGCAAACGUGACUCGGUGAGCGAUGCGGCCGUCGCCGGCAUUGCGCUCCUCAAGGGCUACGUCCGCACCUACCGCAACGCGGAGGACAAGUGCAUGCAGCGCUUCAUGUGCGAUGCCAACACCGACUGUGUGCGCGAAAUUGGCGGCAGCAGCAUCUUCUGCCAACUGGGAUCCUAUGCCACUAGCUAUAUGCUCGGCCGCAGCAGCAAUACCAGCUUCGAGCAUCUGUACGAUGCCGGACGCAGAGGGCGUUCCGGUUUCGAUUGCCGCCAGCUGUAUCUGGAGUGCAAUGAGGUCUAGGGCGUGACGGGUGCUACGAAUUACUUGCAUUUUAGUGCGUAUGACUGGACAACUUAAAUUAAAUUAAUUUAUGUGCUUACUUGAAACUAGGCUUUAGCUAUUUAUGUUAUUUAUUUAAAUUCUGUAUUUAUUUACAAUUCUUAUGCAAUCGCAAUAACAAUUUGCGUUUCUCAAAACGCGCCAUUUUUCUGUAAUUGACUACGAAAGAUAAGAAUUAAAACAAACACGAAAACUGUUGCAUCAAAUGAAAGCCAAA